AUCGUUUGCUUCACCUUCACCAUUCUGAUCUCCACUUUCUUGCUCUUUCUAACACAUGUGGUGCAAUUUUGUGCAUUUUAGGACAUCAAAAUCUUGGAUGUAGUUGGAACUGGAACGCGAAAACAGAUAGCUUGCAGGAUAGGACUUAGGACUAACUAUAGGAUAUAUCUCAGAAAUCACCUUGUGGAACUUCACCUUCUAUACCUUGGAUAAUUGAGGUUAUUGAGUGCAGCAAAUGCUGUCAGGUUCACCGACUCAAGGAAUGUUUUCAAAUUCAAGGAUUGGAAACAGUGAAUCUCCCAAUAGUGGGGCCUCUUCUUCUUUUACCCAGCCUAUUGUAGACAUGAGUGAAAAUGAUGAAACAGAAUUGCUCUCAAUAACAUGGAAUCAGGACUAUCAUUGCUUUGCUGCUGGAACAAAUCAUGGUUUUCGUAUAUAUAAUUGUAAACCUUGCAAAGAAACUUUCAGACGUGAUAUGAAAGUUGGUGGUUUUAAAAUUGUAGAGAUGCUAUUCCACUGCAAUAUUCUAGCACUUGUUGGUGCUGUAGCUAAUUCGCACUACCCACCAAAUAAAGUUUUGAUAUGGGAUGAUUAUCAGAGUAGGAGCAUUUGUGAAUUCACAUUUAGAUCUGAAGUUCGAGGAGUGAAAUUAAGACGUGAUCGAAUUGCAGUUGUUCUUGAACACAAGAUAUAUGUUUAUAGCUUUACAGAUUUGAAGCUUCUUCAUCAGAUUGAGACUCUGGCAAAUCCUAGAGGGCUGUGCUGUCUUUCACACCAUUCAAAUACAUUUGUUUUGGUUUGUCCAGGUUUAAACAAAGGACAGGUUCGAGUUGAACACUUUGGACUGAACGUGACAAAAUUAAUCAGUGCUCAUGAUUCUCAAAUUGCAUGUUUCACUCUGACAUUGGAUGGACUCCUUCUUGCAACUGCUAGUAUAACGGGCACUUUAAUUAGAAUCUUCAAUACAAUGGAUGGAACUCAAUUACAAGAAGUAAGAAGAGGUGCAGAUAGAGCUGAAAUCAACAGUAUAGCCUUUUCUCCAAAUGUUCAGUGGUUGGCAGCAUCAAGUGACAAAGGCACUGUUCAUGUAUUCAGCUUGAGAGUGAGAGUGUCUGGGGAGGAUAUUUUGACUCAGCCAAAUGUUGUUCAAGGUCCUGCACUGUUUCAUCAGAAUUCUUCUACUUCUUUGGAUCCCUUGAUUUCAACAAAUACUGGCGCCAACCCCAAUUCUACGUUUUCUUUCAUGAGAGGACUUUUACCAAAAUAUUUUAGCUCAGAGUGGUCAUUUGCACAGUUCCGUUUGCCCCAGAGCACCCAUUUAAUUGUGGCUUUUGGAUCUGAGAACGAUGUCAUAAUUGUAGGCAUGAAUGGGAGUUUCUACAGAUGCAGCUUUGAUAUAGUUCAUGGGGGAGAGAUGAUGCAGAAGGAGUAUGUUCGUUUCCUAAAAUAAGCGAUAAACAACUAGUUUCUCAACAUCUUUGUCAAGCAUCAACAACUCUCCUCAAGCGCUGUAAAUAUGUUCCAGCACCAAACAAUAAACUGUUCACAUCAUCUGUGAAAAUGAUUCCCCGGUAUUGGAGGAUCUCGAGAUACAUUGUUGAAUACCUUGUAUAUUUUGAGGAACAAAUUAGAUUGAAAAGGAGAAAUACCAAGCAGCAGCUGCAUCACAAAUAAAUCACUUGCUGGAUAUCUCUUUUAUAUCAUA